AUGUCUGACGAACAGACGUAUAAAUGCAAGCUCAUGAAGCUAAAAACAGUCGAAGACUUCCCCGACUGGUAUGCCGACUUACAAUCGUGGUGUAACUCGUGGGGCAUCCUCCCCUACUUCGACCUCCCGCCAAUGUGGGGCGAGUCGGUGGAAAUAUCACCUAAACCAGUCCGACCAAAACCACCAAAGCCUAUAACGGUUCGGCCUGAGACAGAAUUUGAUCAUUUUGAAAAUGAGAUGGACGUGCUGGAGUACGAGGAAAGCUUAAAGAAAUAUGAUCGCUUUCAGCAGAAGAAAAUCGCCAUCAAUAAAGCAGUCAUGGCAUCAGCUCCCAAGGGAUUCUACAACACGCUAAGAGGGCGCCGGAGUAUUGGGAGCAAGGUCCGGUAUCUACGCCAAUCCCUACAAGUCGAUCAUCCCGGCACUCGGCGUGAAAUCGACCGGAGAUGGCUGCGCCUUUCAUGUCAAGAUCUACGGGAGGUCGACAUAAAAGAAUGGCAGGACGAGCUCGUGACUUGCCACCACCUUUUGAAAUCGUUCGGGUCCACCUUGCUCGUUGGGGAGAAGCCGAUUUUGGACGUACUCGAAUUGAUCAGCGACUUUGACCUUCACAGAGGCAUAUGUGCCCAAAUUUACUACGAAUCGCUACGAGACAAGAAAUACUCGUGCGAAUCGGAUUUCAGUUACUUGCCCGAGUCUGACAUCAAGGGCAGCUUUGGAGCCUCUCGUCAAUCUCUGUGCGUUAGGGUCGGCAUACUCGCAGAUGGAACCGAAGAAAUGAAGCCAAAUCUCGCCAGUCUUCCCACGGAGAUCGUCCACCUCCUCACCGAGGCCCUCGACCCCGAGGACCUGAGACAGCUACGUCUCGUAUGCAGGCAACUCAGCCGCAAAGCGGCGGGGAAACCGUACCUGGCCCUAUUUCGGCGCCAAACGACCAACCUCUCGCCUGCAAGUCUCUCUUCGCUCGAGGCCCUCCGCCGCCACGAUGCGUUUAGCCCUGGAAACCGCUUCGCCCAGCUGAUUGAUGAUGUCGUCAUCCCCGAGGACCACCAGGCCUUGCUCAUACGAUCAUCCCAAUUCUACCGCCUCGCCAUGAGCGCGAUGGCGAAAAUCCAGGCAACACCAACACCAGUCACCCUCAAGAUCUUUGAGAACUCUCUCGGGGCCAGCUUACCCUCCUACGACAUCACCGUCGGAUUAGACCGCUUGAAAAAAGCAGGACUAGAAAGGGCGUGCUCCUCUAUCAGAUCCAUGGCCUUGAGCUUUUCGACGCGGGUAGACCAUGGCUGGAAGGGCUGGACCACCGCCUACGGCCCCACCAUCGGGAAGCGGAACGCGAGAUUCAGCGUCAGUGAAUCGGACGAAGAACAACAAGGCGAGGAAGAGGAGACCGAGCAAGACCGAGUGCUUCUUGACAGAGCCAUCGAGGAAUCCAAGGGGUCGGAAAUUCGCGGCCGCUACGCCGAGAACCUACCUCAAGUUCUCAGCCCGGACAAUUAUCCCGGUGUUGCUGGCUUGGUGGCCUGCAUGCCUCACCUUGGAACGCUGGACUUGCACAUGUAUCAAACCAUUCAGUACGAGUCCUACAGCGGCACGUGCAGAAUCCCCAGUUACAACCGCGUGUUCCGCGCCCUGGUGCGGCAAAACGUGGUUCUCCCUGAGCUAACACACCUGAUACUCCGCGGCGUGUGCAUCCUCCCCGGUGUCUUACCAGCCUUUGUCGCGCGGCAGCCCUGGCUCCGCAGACUCGAGCUCCACAACGUGCUCCUCGUCAACACGGGCCACGGCGGUCAGUGGCCGGACGAGGCCAAGGCCAUUGUCCGCCAGGCGCCCCGUCUCAAGACCUUGUUCUUGUCGAAUCUAGCCUGCAUAGGCUGGAGCUAUCGGCCAAACAUCCGGACCGUACCCCAAAACCUCAUCCCGAACAAUGAUCGAGUCAUGCGACGGGAAUGGAUCGAUCGGGGAUGGGGUUCCCCCUGCAUGAAGGACGGACACGCCGUCCUGACGACGAGGGAAUUUUCGGAAAAGGAGCUCGAGGAGGAUUCGGGCUGCUUGGACUUUGUGCAGAGGUGGAUUGCCCUGGGCGAUAAGUGCGAGGUCCGGAAUGAUUUCCUUCGGUCCAUACAUCAGGCUCGGGUGAUAUACGGAACUGUGUAUUAG